AUAGCCGGUGAACGUUAGUUCACAAUUUCAUAAUGUGUAUACCUAUUAAAACGACAGCCCAUGUUGGUCUGAAUGUAAUGAUAUCAACUUUAUUGUAUUGCUACUGUUUUAUACUUCUGACCACAACGCCAGUCAUGUCGAAGUCAGCGUUAGUGAUCCUGGCUCAGGGUGCCGAGGAGAUGGAGACGGUUAUCACUGUUGACAUGCUGCGCAGGGGUGGAGUAACAGUGACACUAGCGGGUCUGGAUGGCAAAGACACAGUACUCUGCUCGCGGCAAGUUUCACUUGUUCCUGAUAAGUCAUUGGCUGAUGCUCUUGCUGAGAAGCCUCAGUAUGAUGCGGUGAUUCUCCCAGGUGGCCUGGAAGGCUCGGAGCGUCUGUCAAAAUCCACCGUCGUGGGCACUCUGCUUAAAGAACACGAGAAAAGUGGAAAGAUCAUUGCUGCCAUUUGCGCUGCACCGACAGCGUUCGUGGCACAUGGGGUGGCUCAAGGCAAGCGCAUUACUUCCUAUCCAAGUACAAAGGAGAAAAUUGUAGGCAACUAUACCUAUGUCGAAGGAGAGAGAGUGGUUGUGGAUGGCAACGUGACAACUAGCCGCGGUCCAGGCACAGCAUAUUGGUUUGGUCUAUCCCUGAUAGAGCAACUGGUUGGCAAGGAGAAAGCAGACCAGGUGGAAAAGGGCAUGAUCAUAUCCGGAUACUAACUUGUUCUUUGCAUUUUUCAAUAUAGCUUUUACUUUUCUAAGUCAACAACUGUAAAUGUUAAAAAUAAUAAUUAACUUUAAAUGAAAGGUGUUUUGUCCGAAAUAAAAGUUUGUUGAUUGUUCGAAUAAAUAAUUGUAAUAGAACAUUUUAUUUUUUGUUAUAUAAAAUAAAAUACUCCUGUAUUUGCGUCAAAAAUUAUGAAUAAAUAUGUCAAAAUCAAGCAAACAAUACCAAUGACCUACAGGUCAAU